AUGGAAGGAUACAUCCUAAUUUCUUUCGCCAGCGCUCCAACUCCUCUAAAUCACGUUACAACUAAAUCGGUUAGAUUGAUGACUACCGUGUACCUACGAUGUCAAACUACUGACUUGUGGAUAGUUAAUUUCACGAGUACAGUUCCAGCUCAUUCCGAAGAUGAACAUGACGCAGAGGAAUUCAGGAAAGAGUUUGGCGAUGAACCUCAACCGAACGGUUUCAGGUAUGUUUUGGUAGUUGUUUUUAAAACCCCGUGCAUAUCUGUUUUUAGCCAAGGCAUUGAAGAAGAGCAUAUAGAACUUCGCGAUGGAUCGCAAUUUUCAAAUGUUAAGCCGAAAAUACUUACAGGAAGGAAACUGCCUACACUUCGCAUUUCUUGCGGGUACAAGCAAGCCUUCGAACAGUUUUCGAUGGCUGUUCGCGACAAAUAUCCAGAGAUGUCCGUUGAAGGAAGCAAUUAUCCUCCUGUUAAAUGGAAGGAAUACCUAGCUCAUACUAUCAAUAUCUUGAAAAUUGCCGCAAUUGCUAUCGUCAUCACUGGCAGAAAUCCAUUCGCCAGCUUUGGAAUGGGCGAGCCUGCUAUAUUACAGUGGGCGCAAUCAAAUAAAUCAGAUUUGUCACAAAAUCUAGUACAUCUAGAUUUCUGCUUGUAUGAUGCUAUUCCUUCUAACAAAUAUGGUAGAGAGUACGCUGCUGUCAACUGGAGCUUUUGA